AAGAAACCGCCCAUCACACACCCCAGCACACCAGCGCAGGAAACUUAUAACCUCGGGAGGCAGGUCCCUCCCCUCACUGCGGUCACAAACCUCCAGAAGAGCAGACCGGGCAGCUGCCAGCUCCUGCCACUCCAGGCACCUCCUUCGCCGGGACCCUCAGGACUCCGAACUCACCAAGUCAUCAAAAAGCCAAGAUGUUGGUAUUACUGGCUGGCAUCUUUGUGGUCCACAUCGCCACCGUCAUUAUGUUAUUUGUUUCCACCAUUGCCAAUCCUUGCUCUCCUGCCCCUGUGUCCACAGAUGCGCUCAAGGCAGUGCAGGCCUUCAUGAUCCUUUCCAUCAUCUUCUCCGUCAUCUCCCUUGUGGUCUUCGUGUUCCAGCUCUUCACCAUGGAGAAGGGAAACCGCUUCUUCCUCUCGGGGGCCACCAUGCUGGUGUGCUGGCUUUGCAUUAUGGUCGGGGCGUCCAUCUACACUCAUCAUUAUGCGAGCGGUUAUGGAACUAAAUACUCGCAAAGCCACCACGGCUAUUGCUUCAUCCUAACCUGGAUCUGCUUCUGCUUUAGCUUCAUCAUUGGCAUUCUCUACCUGGUCCUGAGAAAGAAAUAAGUCUGAACAAGUGUAUGGGGAUCUGGGGGGUGGGGAGGAGGGAGCCAUGGAAUCUGGGAGGGAAGUGAAAGUUUCUCUGCAGGAAAAGCCAAGCCAGGGGAGGGGGGAAGGGGAGGGAGGGCAUGA